UCAGUCAAAAAUUAUUACAUAUAUGCACACACCACUCGCACCUCUAUUGCUCGUACCUCCCGCCGACAUGGCCAAUAAGCGUUUUCUAACAGCUGCUUGCAUUUACUUGAUUUUAUCAUUCUUUCAAUCUUCUUGUGACGCAGCUUCCUACAAUGUCGUUAGGUUUGGGGCUAGAUCCAAUGGUCGAACCGAUUCUAGCCAAGCUUUCCAAAAUGCAUGGAAGGCUGCAUGCGCUGCCUCCGGUUCAUCCAAUAUGGUUUACAUCCCCAGGGGCACUUUCAUGACUAAACCAGUCGUGUUUAGCGGACCUUGCAGGAGCAGGAUCCUUUUUCAAAACGAUGGCACCAUUGUUGCACCACCAAAUUAUCAGGACAUGGGCAACUCAGGGUUCUGGAUAUUGUUUACUAAGCUUUCUCGGUUAACCGUUCAAGGGGGAACCAUUGACGCCAGGGGUACUCAGUUCUGGGCUUGUCGACGGACCGGGAGUCGUUGUCCAGCGGGUGUAAGGUCGAUAACGUUCAUGUGGUCGAACAAUGUGUUGGUUAGGGGAGUAACUUCAUUGUACAGCCAAACCAUUCAUGUUGCCGUGAGCAGAUGCACCAAUAUCGUCUUCGAUCGUAUGAGAAUCGUAGCGCCAAGCCGAAGCCCCAACACAGAUGGUAUCAUCGUUCAAUCGUCAACCGGUGUUACCAUCAAGAACAGUCUGAUCAAGACUGGUGACGAUUGCAUAGCAAUUGGUCCUGGUUCCAAGAACGUUUGGAUCCAGAAGAUCGCUUGUGGCCCUGGCCAUGGUAUAAGCAUAGGAAGCUUGGGAAACAGUUUAAACGAAGCAGGAGUACAGAAUGUAACAGUCACAGACAGCAUCUUCACCAAAACACAAAAUGGAGUGCGAAUCAAGUCAUGGGCCAGGGAUAGCAAGAGCUACGCGACUAAUGUAGAGUUCAGGAACAUCAUAAUGAGGGCUGUGGACAAUCCGAUCUUCAUCGAUCAGACUUACUGUCCAAGUAACCGGUGCCCUCGUGAGACUUCUGGAGUCCAAGUUAGCAACGUGCGAUACAGCAACAUAAAAGGUACAUCUACGACAGUGGAAGCUGUGAAGUUCGAAUGCAGUGCGAGCAAUCCGUGCAGAGGGAUCCGAAUGCGUAACAUACGAAUAACGACUCCAAAUCGACCGACCAUAUCUACCUGUGAACACGUAGCUGGUUCGAGUUCAGGGGUAAUCAUCCCUAAAAGCUGUCUUUGAUUGUAAUGAAUUAGUUACUUCCAUACGUUAUCGCCAAACAAUUGUAAUGAAUUUCCUUUGCUUUCUUUUAAUUGUUCAAUCCUUUGGUUGAACAUUAAAAGUUGGAUACUAUACAGAACUUGUAGUAUGAAAGUGCACUAUGCUCGCCUCAUAAAUUUUAAAAUCUUGUCUUCAAUGGUGUAUGUUUCUUAUUCUUGGCAGCAAAAUUCCCAAAACUAAGGGAUUCAAUG